GCCCCCGCUGGCCGACGGCGACCUCCUCUUCAAUGUCAACAGCGACAUCAGGUUCAACCCGCGGGCGGCCGAGCAGCCCGAGUGGCAAAAUGAAGAUCAUCAUGAAGAAUUUUUACCAACUGGAGAGACCUCCAUAGACUCCUACCCAAACUGGUUAAAAUUCCACAUUGGCAUUAAUCGGUACGAGCUGUAUUCCAGACAUAAUCCUGCAAUUGAGGCUUUACUGCAAGACCUUGUCUCCCAAAAGAUAACCAGUGUUGCAAUGAAAUCAGGAGGCACCCAGCUGAAACUGAUCAUGACAUUCCAGAACUAUGGACAAGCGUUGUUCAAACCAAUGAAGCAAACCAGAGAACAAGAAACCCCGCCUGACUUUUUUUACUUCUCAGACUAUGAGAGACAUAAUGCAGAAAUAGCAGCAUUUCAUCUCGACAGGAUCCUGGAUUUCCGGCGCGUGCCCCCGGUGGCAGGCAGGCUGGUGAACAUGACCAGGGAAAUUCGAGAUGUUACUCGUGACAAGAAGCUGUGGAGAACAUUUUUCAUCUCACCAGCCAACAACAUCUGCUUCUACGGGGAGUGCUCCUACUACUGCUCAACAGAGCACGCCCUGUGUGGGAAACCAGACCAGAUCGAGGGGUCCCUGGCUGCUUUCCUGCCUGACUUGUCCUUAGCAAAAAGGAAAACCUGGAGAAACCCCUGGAGGCGUUCCUACCACAAGCGCAAGAAAGCAGAAUGGGAAGUUGAUCCAGAUUAUUGUGAAGAGGUUAAACAAACACCCCCAUAUGACAGUGGGACCAGAAUUCUGGAUAUAAUGGAUAUGACAGUUUUUGAUUUCCUAAUGGGUAACAUGGAUCGACAUCACUACGAAACCUUUGAGAAGUUUGGAAAUGAAACUUUUAUUAUCCACUUAGAUAAUGGAAGAGGGUUUGGAAAAUAUUCCCAUGAUGAACUUUCCAUUUUGGUGCCUUUAAACCAGUGCUGCAGAAUCAGGAAAUCUACCUAUCUGCGAUUACAGCUGCUAGCCAAGGAGGAGUACAAACUCAGUCUCCUGAUGAAAGAAUCUUUGCUAAAAGACAAAAUAGCUCCAAUCCUGUACCAGCCUCACUUGGAGGCCAUGGACAGGCGGCUGCGGAUUGUGCUCAAGGCUGUCAGUGACUGCAUAGAGAAGGAUGGCUAUGACAACGUGGUGGAAAAUGACUUUAACACUGAUGUUAACACUGUUGCCACUGAGAGGUAGUGAAAUGGCAAGACUACGUUUUUACCAGCCGAGUCAAGAAGAUUCAAAGAAGGAAAAGAAACAAAAGAACAACAACAACAAAAAAUAAAAGUCUUGCAAAAGACUGUGUAUGCUACUUUGUGAAUUCAGUGAAUUCAGAAAUGAGAUAUAAUUGUUCCCAAAGUAGGUAAAGUGUAGACUCUGCAAAGGAAUAGUUCAUUAAGAAAAAAUAAGUCUAAUGUGAUGCUUUUCAUUAGUUCCUGAAGAGAGAUUAUGAAAAGAUUCAGAAAAUAUUCAAUCAUGGACAGACAGCAGUCUGAUAGCAAAACACCUCCUGUCCUUUUUGUAUAGAAAGGAGGCCUUUACUUAAUAUUUUGUAUUUAUAUAUGGUAUAUCUAUGAAACCCCAGACCUACCUUCCAAAUUUAACUAAGAGGGACAGCAUAGUUUUGUGACUCACACUUUAUUUGUGGUGACAGUCCACUUAAUAUUUUGUGUUAACCCUUUAAGUGCUCUAAUCCACUGUAUCUUAUUUAAAUUGAAUGCUUAUUUUCCCCCCAGCUACUCAGCAUUUAAAGGGUUAAGGCAUUAUGAACUUUUAAAGGCAAAAAAUAAUAAUAAUAAUGAUAAUAAUGAUAAUAAAUACAGGGGUUACCAGAAGGGAAUUUCACUAAUUGUGCUUUGACAGGAAUACUUGAAUGUUGGUUUUACAAAGUGAUGUAAAAUGACAAGUUGUACUAUUUGUCCAUAAGGAGGUGGCAGCUCUUAUCUUUCUAGACUAUCAUAGCUGAGCUGCUACUUUUCAAUUUUGCUUUUGAUAGUUUUGUGUAAAUAUAUACAUAUAUGGGUAAAAAGCUGCUUUCAGCAGCUCUAGGCUUACUUUUGCAGCAUUUUUGUGGAAUUGUUUGCAACGUGGUAAAAGUGCAAUAAAGAUAUGCAAAAUGUGUA